AUGUCUUGGGUGUCUGCUCAGCUCCUGGUGGAGCAGGUUACCUAUGAAAAGAACCAGCAGCUGCUGCAGCAGCUCACACAUACCUUCUGUUCAACUUCAGCAUCUGGAACUGGGAGACUUCCCCUGCGCAUCGGUCACAUCCAGUACAUGUCCACCGUCAUCAAAGAAAACAGGAAGCAGUUCCGGAAGAAAUACGGAGUUCAAUUUCUACUGGACACCAUUCGCCUUUACUACGGUAAGAGUGUCAGCAGGGAGGGAGAUAUUAGUGAAGACGACAAUCAGACCAUCCGAUCGUCCCUCUGCGGCCUCCUGAAGUAUUACAUCAGCAAGGGUAUGACCCAGGAGGAGAUGCACAGCAUUCUGGGAUACAUCGCCGCCAUCGGAGACGAGGAACAGCUCUUUUUCCUGUUUGUCUUAUCCUCUUACACAGCUGUGUGGAGUGAUAGAGUUGCUGCUCAGUCUGCUCCAGACCAGUGCUGCCAGGGACCAGCUUUCCUGCUUCUGUUUGAGCCGGGGGCGGCCGACUCCUGCUACGCCCUGCUGCUCAACACCAAACACUCAGACCGCCUCCGAGAGCUCGUCUUCAAGAUGUUUGACCGCAUGCUGCGCUGCGACCGUGUCUAUGAGAAGAACAAGCAGAGGCUGAAGCUGAGGGAGGUGGGAUACUCUGGUCUCUCCCUGCUCUUCUCUGACCUCCACGUCACCCCCUCCCUUGUCAAGAGCCUGCUCAACCAGGUGCUCCACACAGAUCAUGUGGUGAGCUACAAGGACCUUAUGGCCCUGGUCCAGCUGACUCACCGGGCCGGGCCCAGCGUACGCCUGCUCGUGUGCAAUAGGCUGUACCAGCUCCUCCAGUCCCAGCAGGACGCGGCGCGGGAGAUCUCCAGGCAGCUGUGCUGGCAGGAGACCCUGAUGAGGCUGUUCCUGCGCUCUCCCUGCGAGGGCGGCCCGGGGCGGGGCGAUGCUGCCAGCACCUGCAGCCUGGACCUCAACCUCAGCCGGGGCAGCGGCAGCCGCCUAGAACUGCCCCUGGAGAGGAAGGGCCGAGCAGGUAGCGCCGGGAGACUGGUGGAUGAAGACCGCCUCAGCAUGAGCUCCAGAAGAUCAGUGGAUAGUCUUGAAAAUGGGGAUGUGCUUUCGCUUCUGGACACGCCAGUUAGUCAGAUUGGGGAGGGCCUGUUGCUCAAGCCCUGGGCGUCUGGGGGAGGGAAAGCAGGGGGGUUGAGUUUGGACCUGUCCCACAUGAGUGCCUACGAGGGCGGGGAGAGCGGUAACCAGACGCCGGGGAGCAUGGUCAGCACGCCAUCGCCGCUGGAGGCGUCAGCCAAGGCCUUCCCAGAUGCCUCGGCGGCGUCCCUCGCCGAGGACAGCUUCCUGUUCAGCGACAACGUGUCGUUGGGGGAGUCGUUCAGCUGCGCUGAGCGGACGGAGGAGGAGCUGUCUCGCAUGCUGCUGGAGAUCGUGCUGUGUGUAAUGUGGCGAGGCGUGGAGGGCUCGGACGAUGCCGCCUGGCUGGAGCGGGGGCAGGUGUUCUCUGCCCUCACCAAGCUGGGCACUACCAAUGAGCUGCUGCUGCCUGUGGACCACAUCAAGCUCAGUCUGAUGGAGAGGAUGCUGGAGUGGGCUGUGACUGACAACCGGGAGGCCACGGCGGCCAUGUUGCCCCAGCACACCGAGAACGCUGUGCGGCUGCUCCACGUUGUGCAGGACUUCCUGCAGGCUGAGGGCCUGGUCAACCCCACCCUGUGGACAGAGAAGGUCCUGGAGGAGACAGUGACUCUGAUGGACAGUCUCAUGGUGUGGUACUCGUCAGGGGCCCAGUGGCUGCAGCUGUCUCAGGUGGGCCUGAGGCUUCUGCUGGGCUUCAUGGCCCAGGAAGACCCCCAGGUUUGUGCCUUGGCCACAGCCAAGCUGAACGGCAUCCUGCAGACCAAGAGCGUGGAGACUCAGGACGAGGCGUGUUACCUGCUGGGCAAGGUGGAGGGCAUCCUGAGACGCUCUGUAGGGGGGCAGACAGAGGAGACCUAUAUGUGCCUGGUGCCCCUUCUCCGCACGCUGCUCUCCAAGGUGAACAAGCUGCUGUACAUGGAGCUGCACCUCCCCCAGCUGCCUGACACCAACGGCAGCCCCUCCUUCUUCGAGGACUUCCAGCUCUAUUGCAACUCCCCCGAGUGGAGGGUCUACCUCGACAAAUACAUCAUCCCCUACAUGAAGCAGUAUGAGAUUGAGACGUUUAGCCAGGGUCACGAGACCAUGGCUCUGUUCUGGAAGGAGUGCUAUGAAAGCUUCAUGGUCAACCUGCACAAGAGAGAGAGGGAGAGGGGAGAGAGCAAGAUACGCUUCCAGGAGCAGUUUGUGGAGCCCUUCUCUCGGCGCGGCCGGCAGGAGAACUGCGAUCAACAGCAUGCUGAAAACAGCUUCACAGCCAGCACAGCGCCGUCCUCAGGCAGUGGAGAGGAGCACGCCGCAGCCUGGUGUGUGAGAGAGGCCCUGGCAGACAG